AUGGUUUCCAUGGACCAUGUAGCCCACAAGAUACUGACUUACAUCCCGUAUGUUCUUGUGUUGAUUGACCUGAGAUAUGAAGGAGUGAAGUGUGGCAGGGAUGGGAGUGUGGACAAUCACAUGGAGAUGGGGAAGAAGCUGCUCGCUGCUGGCCAGCUAGCAGAUGCUCUCUCUCAUUUCCAUGCUGCUGUGGACGGAGAUCCCAAGAACUACAUGGCCUUCUACAGGAGAGCUACAGUGUUUCUAGCCAUGGGGAAGUCAAAGUCUGCACUGCCCGACUUAAGCAAAGUCAUUGAGCUCAAACCAGAUUUCACAUCUGCACGACUUCAGAGAGGAAACCUCCUUCUGAAGCAAGGAAAACUAGAUGAAGCUGAGAGCGACUUCAAGAAAGUGCUGAAGUCCAACCCCAGCGCCAAAGAGGAGAACGAAGCCCAGAGUCAGCUGACAAAAUCGGAUGAAAUUCAGCGCUUGGUUGCUCAGGCACGCAGCAGCUUCAACAGCCAGGAUUACGUGACAGCUGCUGCCCAGCUCGACGCCAUCAUCGACACUUGCGUUUGGGAUGUGGCCUCUCGUGAGAUGCGAGCGGAGUGUUUCAUUCAAAUGGGAGAGAUGGGGAAGGCGAUCAGUGACCUCAAAGCUACAUCCAAGUUAAAGAGUGACAACACUCAGGCUUUCUACAAACUCAGCACCAUCUACUAUAAUCUCGGAGACCACGAGAUGUCCCUCAAUGAGGUACGCGAGUGCCUGAAGCUCGAUCCCGAUCACAAGCAGUGCUACAGCCAUUACAAGCAGGUCAAAAAGCUCAACAAGCAGAUCCAGUCUGCAGAGGAACUCAUGCAAGAGCAGAGGUACGAAGAGGCAGUGAGCAAAUACGAGGCAGUGAUGAAGACCGAGCCCAACGUGCACCAUUUCUCUCUUUUUGCCAAAGAGCGCAUCUGCCACGCGCUGGCACAGAGCCAGGAAGCGAGCAGAGCUAUCCAAGUGUGUAGCGUAGUUCUCCAGUCGGACCCGGAGAACGUCAACGUGCUGAAAGACAGAGCCGAGGCCUACAUCCAAGAGGAAGAGUACGAGGAAGCUAUUAAGGACUACGAGACCGCUGCAAAACACAGCGAGAAUGACCGUCAGAUAAAAGAAGGCCUGGAGAAAGCUCAGCGACUCCUCAAGCAGUCUCAGAAGAGGGACUAUUAUAAGAUCCUGGGAGUGAAGAGAACUGCCCAGAAAAAGGAGAUUAUCCGAGCCUACAGGAAACUGGCACAGCAGUGGCAUCCCGACAACUUCCAGGAUCCAGAGGAGAAGAAGAAGGCUGAGAAGAAGUUCAUAGACAUAGCUCAGGCUAAAGAGGUUCUCACUGACCCAGAGAUGAGGACCAAGUUUGACCACGGGGAGGACCCCAUGGAUCCAGAGAGCCAGCAGGGUCACCACCAUCAUCAAAACUUCCACGGAGGCUUCCAAGGCUUCCAGGGUUUCAAUCCAUUCGGCUCCGGACCGUUCAACUUUAAAUUCAACUUCAACUGAAGACGCUCACAUCUGUGGAGGCGCAGAGUGUGCUUGCAGUUAUUUUUGUUUUUUAAAAUUCUGCUAAUUGUUCCGAGAUAACGGAGCUCGAUAAGAUAAUUCAUCAAGUGUUUUCCUACAGUCUCCUGGGAUGCGAUACGUUGUCUGUCCACAGCUACGUACUAAAACUCAACAAAACUGUCACUGACAAUAUUUAUCUACAUUUAUAAAUCAGAGUAUAAACAAUGAUCACUCACAGCUUUAUUAUAGAGCUCGCUCUCUCUCUCCUAUUGUUUCCUUCAGUCGUCUGUGUGGAUUAUAACAGGAGCCUAAAGUUCUAUUUACGACCACGAAAAGCACUGAGCUGUCAUCGUCUGCCUGUCUGGAUAUUGCCACACUUGCACACAGGCACACCCCGUUAAUUAGCCUCAUUAUUUAGCACAAACACUCACCUGCUCCUCCUCAGUCAUAUAUAUCACACACAGCGACAAAGCAGCUGACAGAUGUCCUGAUCUGGGAGGUCUCCCUGGAUUACUGCAAACCUCACAGCUCAGCAUGAGGCAGUUUUGUGCUGACGAUUAGGCUAAAUUAGAGGAUGCUUGUGCUGUCCUGUAGUCCUGGAGCAUCCGAAUGAGAGAGAGCUACAUGAACAGAUUUGUCGGUUGUUGGAUUUGGAGUGAUUCUUGUGAAUACACUUAUUAAUAAAUGUCAAUAAACGUUUAGUUUCUGCUGACAGUUUUGUUUGCACCGAGUCGUCCAAUGUGGACAAACGCCAUUCAGACUAUUGGCUGAAGCUUCACAGGCCACUGUGCUGACAAAACACUUGCCGAAUCGUCUCAUCAUCACGAUAACGGGAUAAUUAACUCAUCUUGAAAGAACACUAUUAAAUAAACAUUCUGUGUUCGUACACGUCCAGCACAGCUGGGCUGGAUUUUUUGUGUUUUCCGCUCCCUGUUUGAAAGGGAGGUCGCUGGCGUAAGGAACGUCAGAGCACACAGACGUGGAGGAAAUAAUGACUUUUACUUCAGUGACCUUAAUUAAAGAUGCAUCUUUAUUGUUCUGUUUUGAGUUGGGAGGUUGAAGUUCUGUUGCUAUGCUAACAAAUAUCUGCAAUGUUCGAAGCAGCUUUUUUUUUUUUUUUAUGUCAGUGUUAGUGCUUCAAUCUGACACUUGCAUCCAUUCCUUGUCUACAAUUCACAUCCAUUCGUAAGUUCCAAUUUGUACAUAGGUACAGUGCUAUUUUUAUAUGAAUGGAGUUUCUCUGAACUGUAAAUAAAGAAUUAUUUAUGUACUUUAAAUUGAA